CACCUGCGCUUGCCUUCCACUGCCUUCGACCGCAACAUCACUCAGACACAACGACAAGAUGGCCGACAACGACAAGCCAGAGCUCACUCCCGCCGAAGAGGCUGCCGCCCGCGCCAAGGAGACGGAGGAGCAGAAUGCGCUGCCGUACAAGUGGCAGCAGACCAUUGCCGACGUCGACAUCACCUUUAGCGUCCCUGGCAACUACAAGAGCAGGGACCUCGUCAUCGACAUCAAGAAGACCAAGCUCUCGGCCGGCGUAAAGGGCCAGGAGCCCAUCGUUAGCGGCGACCUCUCUCACGCAAUUCUCGUCGACGACUCAACCUGGACCCUGUCCUCCGCCCCCGACGGCACAAAGACGGUCGAGAUCCACCUCGACAAGGUCAACAAGAUGGAGUGGUGGGCGCACGUCGUCACCACGGCGCCCAAGAUUGACGUCUCCAAGAUCACCCCCGACACGAGCAAGCUCUCCGACCUGGAUGGCGAGACCCGCGGCAUGGUAGAGAAGAUGAUGUUUGACCAGCGCCAAAAGGAAGCGGGCCUGCCCACCUCGGACGAGCAGAAGAAGUUUGAUAUUCUGAAAAAGUUCCAGGCUGAGCACCCCGAGAUGGACUUUAGCAAUGCCAAGAUUAGCUAGACGUUUUUAAGGAAUUCGUUUCACGAAGCAAAUGACGAAAGGAAUUAAAAAGUACACAUGCAUGACAGUUGCGAGAGGGUAGGACCUUGUGGU